AUGAUGGACCUCUCUAUUCCUGAAGUACUGCUUCGGCGUUUCAAUCACAGCUAUGACCAUAUGAAAGACAUUCAUGCGGCUCUACGGAAGAUGGAAGGUGCUUCCAUUACUGACAAAACUAUGGAGCAUCUAGGUAUCUCAGUCGCUGAAAUGGAUCUGAAGACAGGUUCUGAAUCUCCUUAUUUUACACCUAAUGGAGCAGAACAUGUGCCAGACCCUACUAGAGAGAGAAUUCAAGAAGAGCCCUUUGUGAGCCGGCGGUGGGAACGGGGAUUCAGGUCCCCCCGCCGGCCUCUACCAUCUUAUUACCUGAUGUCAGCCUUCUUAUACUACCAAACAGCAAUUAAAUGGCUCAACCGAUACUUACCUAAAGACGAAGAGGACGGAAAAAGUACCGAGGGGGACGAAGAGAUGCGUGAGCAAAAGAAUGACGAAAACGAGCGCAACGGCGUUCAAGGGGUUGAUGAGAGUUCUGAGGAGAGCGAGGAAGAUAUGUGUAGUGAGUGGGAUAGUGACGAGGAAAGUGACAAGGAGAGUGAAGAGCAUGAAGAACAGCGGCGCAAACGACAGGAAGAGAGGUGGAGACAGAUCGCAGAGAGGCAAAGAAAGACCGAUGAGGCUGAGGAAGCCCGGAUGGUAUAUGAAUGGAAUGUUUAUCAUUAUCCAAUGCCCUACGAUUUCGAACCCCGGGAGAACCAUCAUGAUUUCAAAAUUGUUCGCACAGGAAAGAGAAACAAUCCUCUUCAAUGCCAUCAAUGGGCUGUGGCGUUGAUUGACGAGUCUGAUGAGAACCGACCAUCCAUUACCGAGCUAUUAGUGCUAGCCACUCGAAUGUUGAAAGCAAUGAACUCCCAGAAAAGACUUUUCGGUACAUCUCAGGACGAGAACAUCCAGUUGCACCAUCUUUUCCCCGUGAGUAUUCCCUCUGAUAUUGCAUAUUUCAAUACUAAGGAAAGCCAGACAACAAUUGUCACGUUCGAUGAUCACACUCGUGCCCGUGUAAUAUCUGGGUACUACGAUAAUGGACUGAAAGUCCAUUUCACCGAGUCCGUGGACUUUGAAUGGUGCACGACAGAUAAAUAUGAUUACGGCGAACUUUGGGACCGGGAAUGGGUUAAUGAUACAUGGUAUGGCAAAUUGAUGAGCUAUUUGGUUGCUUGGGCAUGGCCUCUGGCACAGAUGAACACCGUUCAGACUCUCACAUUGCCCAUUAUAUCGAGAAACAUGGAAAAUGAGGGCAAUGAGCUGUGA